CAAAAAUGAAGAGGUUACUCUUAAUAGCUUUCAUGCUGGGUGUCGUCAAGGCUCAGGAGGAAGUUAAAACAGUAGUAGAACGAGCAAUCUCUGAAGCAGACCAAAACGGAGAAAAGUUUAAAAUCUACGUCGGAACCAUUGAUGGAGUUCGGCGGGAAUUGUUCAAUGAAGUAGACGGUGGACAAAUCGAAGUUACACCUGACAACACUCCAAACGUGGAAGAUCCCUUCGGUACCUACGAUGACAACAAUGUAGUAUCAGCUGACAACGAGAAGAUUCUUUUCGUUCCAAAACCAUAUCGCCCGGGAGGUGAUAAGAAGGAACCAAAGAAGACCACACAAGCGCCAACAACUAUUAGAACUACGAGACCACCACCAGCGACAACGAUCCGAACGAUUCCAUUCGUUCAGACCACUCCAGCCACUUUUGCCACUCUCCCACCGGCGCCAGCUGUCACCCGUGCUCCAAUCCAGCCAUUCGUCCCACAGACCGUCGCCACCAUCGCCCCAUCAUUUGUCCGUCCACAGGUGCCAACUGCCCCGCCACGUGUCAUUGCUCCACAGCAGCCACAGCAACCAUUCCGCCCGAUUCAACCAAUCCAACCACAACAGCCAUUCCAGCCAAGACCAUUCCAACCAAGACCACAACCAGCGUUCACUCAGGCUCCAUUUACCCAGGCUCCAUUCACACAGGCUCCAUUCACCCGACCACCAUUCAGACCACAGCCAAACUUUGCCACACGUCCAGCUCAACCACAGCCAGCUCCAACUACACCAGCUCCACGAUUCCCACCACAAUCCGGACAGAACUUGCGCUCCGGACAGUGCCAGGCAUCGAUCUUCUACAUUUCUACUCCGAUCAGCGGACCAUCUCGUCUCACUUUCACUCAUUUCGCCGUUGCUGUUACAGUUGAUCAGUGUGCCAGAACUUGUCACGAGUUCAAUUGCGCUAUUGCUCACUACAACCCACUGAACGGACAUUGCGAGUUCAAUCCAUCCACAGCAUUUGCUAUCAGAAAUGGACAAUGCCCGGAGUGGCCAUCUCUUCAUUACAGAAACAAUGUUGUUGCAAAUGAGCCAGUGAGAAUCUUCUGCGUCACUUGCCAACGACCAAGAAGACGCCCGGCUGGAAGACGACCAUUCCGUGGACAGGCCAGACGUGGACAGCGAUUGGGAAGAAAGACAGUUGCAACCCACACUCCGGUCACCGAAAAUCAGGCGACCGAAGUAAAGCAACGUCCACACCGUGAAACAAAAACCGACGAAGUUGUCACAUCGGAACGUUCGUCCCAAUUGAACUUGCUCAAGCAACUCGAAGACUUGGAUUUGUAAAUUUUGAUCUCAUUCGAAUUUAGCAUAAUACUUAAAUUAUUAGGACUACUUUACAGUCGUACCCUCCCAAUUUUAAUAAGUAUCUUUUGUUUUUUUUUCAACAGUAAUUCUUCUGUGAAUUACGAUUUUAUAAUUGAAAAAACCUGUCAAAAAAUAUCGAAAAAAUAUCGAAACUCCCCACCCGCUCAAUUGUUUGUUUUUUUCCUGAAAUUGUGACCCUCUGAAAAUUUAAAUCGCCUUGCCCUUCAUAUGUGCCCAUUUUUUGAAUGAAGUUCAUUCUUAU